AUGCCAUUUUGGAAAGGACUGUAUUUCCGGAAGCACGCGGACACAGACAGCGCUCGAAAUGUCGAGCGGGGCGCCGGCCCUGCUCGAGUCCCCAGAGCUCGCUGCCACCCGGAGAACCUCGUACGGCUGCUCAUUCGUCAUGGCUAG